AUGCAAUCGCUGGCCGGGAAGCAGCAAAUUCAAGAGCAGAGGCAAGCAUGGAAGCAGCAAGAGCGAGAGAGAAGGAAGCAGAACAUGAUGAAAGUGUUGGAAGAGUAUUGCGCUCCGCUGACCGAUGAAGAAGUAUUGGAUUUUUUGCGAGGGAAGCAAAAGCAAAUCCUGGUGCAGCGCUGGCGUGAACUGUGGGGCUUCGAUUACUCGAGAGAGAUGACAACAAUUCUCAACGAAGUCAUUGAACUUUGCAUGGAGAAGUACGACUUGUGGUAUUCUGUUUUUUCAAACAAACAAUCCACUUCGCCCACGGAGCUUUCGUACAGACCGCCUGCGUCUCCUCCGAUUUCUGAUCCGGAGGCGUGA